GUCCCCGCGCUGCCUCCGGGAGCCUCUAUUGUUCCGGCCGCGCCGGGUCCCGAGCCCAGGCAACCUAGGGACUGGGGAAACGGGCCGCGGCCGGCGGAGUUGAGACGCGGGGGCGCCGGCGGGGCCGGGAGCGGCAGGGGUCAGCGCGUGGGGCGGCCGGGGGGCCGGGGUGGCGACAGCCGAGGUCUGCAGCGUGGGGGUUCGCCCUCCCCGGCCCGCCUUUCCCCGCCGGCCUCCCCGGGAGGGGUCGGAGCCCCGGCGGGCGCCCCCGGCGAUGAGCCCGGACUCGAGGUGGCCGAUGUGACAGCAUGGGGGUGGACUUCGACGUGAAGACGUUCUGCCACAACUUGCGGGCAACGAAGCCACCGUACGAGUGCCCCGUGGAGACCUGCCGCAAGGUCUACAAGAGCUACAGCGGCAUCGAGUACCACCUGUACCACUAUGACCACGACAACCCGCCCCCCCCGCAGCAGACCCCGCUCCGCAGGCACAAGAAGAAGGGGCGCCAGUCCCGCCCGGCCAACAAGCAGUCCCCCAGCCCCUCCGAGGUGUCACAGUCUCCAGGCCGUGAGGUGAUGAGCUACGCGCAGGCGCAGCGCAUGGUGGAGGUGGACCUGCACGGGCGCGUGCACCGCAUCAGCAUCUUCGACAACCUGGACGUGGUGUCUGAGGACGAGGAGGCCCCCGAGGAGGCCCCCGAGAGCGGCAGCAACAAGGAGAACGGCGAGGCCCCGGCCGCCGCGCCCAAGGCCGGCAAGCACAAGAGCAAGGAGAAGCGCAAGGACUCCAACCACCACCACCACGGCGCCCCUGCCAGCACCACGCCCAAGCUGCCCGAGGUGGUGUACCGGGAGCUGGAGCAGGACACCCCGGACGCCCCGCCCCGGCCCACUUCCUACUACCGGUACAUUGAGAAGUCCGCCGAGGAGCUGGACGAGGAGGUGGAGUACGACAUGGACGAGGAGGACUACAUCUGGCUGGACAUCAUGAACGAGCGGCGGAAGACGGAGGGCGUGAGCCCCAUCCCGCAGGAGAUCUUUGAGUACCUGAUGGACCGGCUGGAGAAGGAGUCCUACUUUGAGAGUCACAACAAAGGUGACCCUAAUGCACUGGUGGACGAGGACGCCGUGUGCUGUAUCUGCAACGAUGGUGAGUGCCAGAACAGCAAUGUCAUCCUCUUCUGUGACAUGUGCAACCUGGCCGUGCACCAGGAGUGCUACGGUGUCCCCUACAUACCCGAGGGCCAGUGGCUGUGCCGGCGCUGCCUGCAGUCACCCUCACGCGCUGUGGAUUGUGCCCUGUGCCCCAAUAAGGGUGGUGCCUUCAAGCAGACAGACGACGGGCGCUGGGCCCACGUAGUGUGUGCCCUGUGGAUCCCCGAGGUCUGCUUCGCCAACACCGUCUUCCUCGAGCCCAUCGACAGCAUUGAGCACAUCCCGCCAGCCCGCUGGAAGCUCACCUGCUACAUUUGCAAGCAGCGGGGCUCGGGGGCGUGCAUCCAGUGCCAUAAGGCCAACUGCUACACAGCCUUCCACGUGACGUGCGCCCAGCAGGCCGGCCUCUAUAUGAAGAUGGAGCCUGUGCGGGAGACAGGUGCCAACGGCACCUCCUUCAGCGUCCGAAAGACGGCCUACUGUGACAUCCACACGCCCCCAGGCUCAGCACGCCGCCUGCCUGCCCUGUCCCACAGCGAGGGUGAGGAAGAGGAGGAUGAAGAGGAGGAUGAGGGUAAGGGCUGGAGCUCAGAGAAGGUCAAAAAGGCCAAGGCCAAAUCCCGGAUCAAGAUGAAGAAGGCACGGAAGAUCCUGGCGGAGAAACGGGCAGCAGCACCUGUGGUGUCAGUGCCCUGCAUACCACCGCACAGGCUUAGUAAAAUCACCAACCGUCUGAGCAUCCAGAGGAAGAGCCAGUUUAUGCAGAGGCUGCACAGCUACUGGACACUGAAGCGGCAGUCACGGAACGGGGUCCCGCUGCUGCGGCGCCUGCAGACACAUCUGCAGUCUCAGAGGAACUGUGACCAAGUCGGGAGAGAUUCAGAGGAUAAGAACUGGGCCCUCAAAGAACAGCUGAAGUCCUGGCAGCGGCUCCGGCACGACCUGGAGCGAGCUCGGCUGCUGGUGGAACUGAUCCGGAAGCGAGAGAAGCUUAAAAGAGAGACGAUCAAGGUGCAGCAGGUCGCCAUGGAGAUGCAGCUGACCCCUUUCCUCAUCCUGCUUCGCAAGACCUUGGAGCAGCUGCAGGAGAAGGACACGGGCAACAUCUUCAGCGAGCCGGUCCCUCUGUCCGAGGUACCUGACUACCUGGACCACAUCAAAAAGCCCAUGGAUUUUUUCACCAUGAAGCAGAACUUGGAGGCUUACCGCUACCUGAACUUUGACGACUUUGAGGAGGACUUCAACCUCAUUGUCAGCAACUGCCUCAAGUAUAACGCCAAGGACACCAUCUUCUACCGUGCUGCAGUGCGGCUCCGUGAGCAAGGUGGCGCCGUGCUCCGCCAGGCCCGGCGCCAGGCAGAAAAAAUGGGCAUUGACUUUGAGACGGGCAUGCAUAUCCCACACAACCUGGCUGGAGACGAGGCCCCACACCACGCUGAAGAUGCAGAGGACGAGCGGCUGGUUCUGCUGGAGAACCAGAAGCACCUGCCUGUGGAAGAGCAGCUGAAGCUGCUGCUGGAGCGGCUGGACGAGGUGAACGCCAGCAAGCAGAGCGUGGGCCGCUCACGGCGCGCCAAGAUGAUCAAGAAGGAGAUGACGGCGCUGCGGCGGAAGCUGGCCCACCAGCGGGAGACGGGACGGGACGGGCCCGAGCGGCACGGCCCCUCGAGCCGCGGCAGCCUCACACCCCACCCAGCAGCCUGCGACAAGGACGGACAGACGGACAGUGCCGCAGAGGAGAGCAGCAGCCAGGAGACAAGCAAAGGCCUGGGUCCCAACAUGUCCUCAACCCCCGCACAUGAGGUGGGCAGGAGAACCUCAGUUCUGUUCUCCAAAAAGAACCCGAAGACAGCUGGACCGCCCAAGAGGCCGGGCCGGCCCCCCAAAAACCGGGAGAGCCAGAUGACCCCCAGCCACGGAGGCAGCCCUGUGGGGCCCCCCCAGCUCCCCAUCAUGGGCUCCCUGCGUCAGCGCAAGCGGGGUAGGAGCCCCCGGCCCAGUUCGAGCUCAGACAGCGACAGUGAUAAGUCCACAGAAGACCCCCCAAUGGACUUACCGGCCAACGGCUUUAGUGGUGGGAGCCAGCCCGUCAAGAAGAGCUUCCUGGUCUACCGGAAUGACUGCAGCCUUCCCCGGAGCAGCUCGGACUCCGAGUCCAGCAGCAGCAGCAGCAGCAGCGCUGCCUCGGACCGGACCAGCACAACACCCUCAAAGCAAGGCCGGGGCAAGCCCUCCUUCUCUCGGGGCACGUUCCCAGAAGACAGCAGCGAAGACACCUCAGGCACCGAGAACGAGGCCUACUCCGUGGGCACUGGCCGCGGCGUGGGCCACAGCAGUAAGUACCCCCGCCCGCGGCCAGGGGUGCUGGGGUCCCGACGGCCCGGCCUCGUCAGCCCCCCGCCUGCUGAUGGGCCUCCUCUCUCCCGUGAAGUGGUGAGGAAGAGUCUGGGCCGGAGCGCUGGCUGGCUGUCCGAGGAUGAAGACUCCCCUCUGGACGCUCUGGACCUGGUGUGGGCCAAAUGCCGGGGGUACCCGUCGUACCCAGCUCUGAUCAUUGACCCAAAGAUGCCACGAGAAGGUGUGUUCCACCAUGGCGUCCCCAUUCCUGUGCCCCCGCUGGAGGUGCUGAAACUAGGGGAGCAGAUGACCCAGGAAGCCCGAGAGCAUCUCUACCUCGUCCUCUUCUUUGACAACAAACGAACCUGGCAGUGGCUGCCCAGGACCAAGCUGGUGCCUCUGGGUGUGAACCAGGACCUGGACAAGGAGAAGAUGCUGGAGGGCCGCAAGUCCAACAUCCGCAAGUCGGUGCAGAUCGCCUACCACCGGGCUCUGCAGCACCGCAGCAAGGUGCAGGGCGAGCAGAGCAGCGAGACCAGCGACAGCGACUGACGCGGCCCCCCCUGCCUGCUGUCCUGGAGUGGCGCCGGCCUCUGCACUGACUCAUUCCUGGUCUUGGGGCCAGUCUCAGGGGAAGCUGGGUGGGGGAGGUCCCUCCUGCCCCGAGUGCAGCUGGACUGUACAGAACACUCCAAGGGCCCAGGGCGGCUCAGCGCCAGCAGAGGGGAGCUCCCACGGGCCAGAGCCCCAGAGACCUCAGGGCACUGUGGAGGGCAGGGUGGUGGGCCGAGGUUAGGACACUGCGUAAGACAGGCCAUCCCGCCACCUCUGCCCGCUCGUGCCCGGAGAAUCCGAAACUGCCCAGAGGCCUGAGGCCCCCGCAGGUGUGAGGCGAGUGGGCAUCUGCCCGGCCUAGCAGUGGGACUGAUGUCUGUCCAGCCGGAAGAGGGGCACUAGGUGACCCCCUCCCCUGCUGCUGUAAAUACUGUAAUUAUCGGAGAAUUUAAAUUAUUCUCAUUUGUAACUGCGUUUCCGGGUCGCGCCAGAGUCAUUUGGUACUAAAAACGCCUGGGGCCUGUCCCCGCUCCCCUCUGUCCCCUAGAUUUCUCCCCUCCUUUCAAACUGGUUUGUAUUUAUUUCAAAGGAAGAAAAUAUAUUGAUUCUUAGA